AUGCUCUUUAAGCAGGCAGAGCUAUGGAUGCCCCCGCAGGGCAAAGGCGGCAAGGGUGAGCCUCCCUUGGCCCUGGGCCUGUCCACCUGGAAGGCCCUCAGCAUCCUGAAGGAGCAGCUGGAGGCUGUGCUGGAAGGACACCUGAAGGAGCGGAAGAAGCGUCUUACAUGGAAGGAGAUGUGGGGAAGCAGCUUCCUGCAUCACGGUAACCGCUGCUCCUGUUUCCAUUGGCCGGGAGCCUCGCUCAUGCUGCUGGCGGUGCUGCUGCUGCUGGGUUGCCACGGGAGCCAGCCAGCUGGGAGCCAUGGGGUGGAGCUGGUGAACGCCUCGGCACUGUUCCUGCUGCUGCUUCUCAACCUUCUCCUCAUUGGGCGGCAAGAUCGGCUGAAGCGACGGGAGGUGGAGUGGAGGCUCCGAGGGAUCAUUGACCAAAUCCACAAUGCCCUGAGGGAUGGCAAGGAGACCAAGUGGCCCGACGCCAUGUACCCCGACCUCCACAUGCCCUUUGCACCAUCCUGGUCUCUGCACUGGGCCUACAGAGAUGGACACCUGGUGAACCUGCCGGUCAGCCUGUUGGUGGAAGGUGACGUCAUAGCCCUGAGGCCGGGCCAGGAGUCCUUCGCCUCUCUGAGGGGCAUCAAGGAUGAUGAACACAUCGUCUUGGAGCCAGGAGACCUGUUUCCCCCUUUCUCUCCACCCCCUUCCCCCCGGGGAGAAGUGAAGAAAGGGCCUCAGAAUCUCCAGCAGCACCGCCUCUUCCGUGUCCUUGAGACCCCUGUGAUUGACAGCAUCAGAUGGUGCCUGGACAUGGCCCUGUCCCGCCCGGUCACUGCCCUGGACAACGAGAGGUUCACCGUACAGUCGGUGAUGCUGUGCUGUGCCGUGCCUGUGGUCCUGGCCGGCUUCCUCAUCACCAAUGCACUGCGCUUCGUGUUCAAGGCCCCCGGGGUGACCUCCUGGCAGUACACUCUACUCCAGCUCCAGGUGAACGGUGUCCUGCCCAUCCUCCCCCUGCUCUUCCCAGUCCUCUGGGUUCUGGCCACUGCCUGUGGAGAAGCCCGUGUCCUGGCCCAGAUGAGCCAGGCCUCACCAAGCUCCCUGCUGGCCAAGUUCUCAGAGGACACUCUCAGUAGCUAUACGGAGGUUGUCUCCUCUCAGGAAAUGCUGCGCUGCAUUUGGGGCCACUUUCUGAGGGUGGUCCAGGGGACGUCACCAACGCUGAGCCACAGUGCCAGCCUGCUGCACAGUCUGGGCUCCGUCACGGUCCUGUGCUGUGUAGACAAGCAGGGCAUCUUGUCGUGGCCAAAUCCCAGCCCUGAGACGGUGUUGUUCUUUAGUGGGAAGGUGGAACCCCCGCACAGCAGCCACGAGGACCUGACGGAUGACCUGUCCACACGCUCUUUCUGCCACCCCGAGCCCCACGAACGAGACGCCCUCCUGGCCGGCUCACUGAACAACACCCUGCACCUUUCCAAUGAACAGGAGCAUGGCGACUGGCCCAGUGAUGGCUCCAAGCCCCCCGAGCCCCACUCUCACCACAAGCUGCACAGGCCACACAGCCGCAGCAAACACCCAUCGGGCUCCAACGUGAGCUUCAGCAGAGGCGCCGAGGGCGGGGACGAGGAACCCAGCCAGCCUGGGAUAGAAGGUGAGUCCUACGAAACCGACGACUUCGUGUGUGACUACCACCUGGAGAUGCUGAGCCUGUCCCAGGAUCAGCAGAACCCCUCCUGCAUCCAGUUUGACGACUCCAAUUGGCAGCUCCACCUCACCUCUCUCAAGCCACUGGGCCUCAACGUGCUGCUGAAUCUGUGCAACCCCAGCGUCACUGAGCGGCUGUGCCGGUUCUCAGACCACCUGUGCAACGUGGCCUUGCAGGAGAGCCACAGCGCUGUGCUGCCCGUGCACGUGCCUUGGGGCCUCUGCGAGCUGGCGCGCCUCAUCGGCUUCACUCCGGGGGCCAAGGAGCUCUUCAAGCAGGAGAACCACCUCGCACUGUACCGCCUCCCCAGUGCCGAGAUGGUGAAGGAGACGUUGCUGGGGCGGCUCUCCUGUGUCACCAAGCGGCGCCCUCCGCUCAGCCACAUGAUCAGCCUCUUUAUCAAGGACACCACCACCAGCACAGAGCAGAUGCUGUCCCAUGGCACGGCUGACGUGGUCUUGGAGGCCUGCACAGACUUCUGGGAUGGAGCUGACAUCUACCCUCUCUCUGGGUCCGACAGAAAGAAAGUGCUGGAUUUCUACCAGCGUGCCUGCCUCUCUGGUUACUGCUCCGCUUUCUCCUACAAGCCCAUGAGCUGCACCCUGUCCUCCCAGCUCAAUGGCAAGUGCAUUGAGCUGGUGCAGGUACCCGGCCAGAGCAGCAUCUUCACCCUGUGUGAGCUGCCUGGCACCGUCCCCAUCAAGCAGAACAGCCGCCGCCACAGCUGGAGCUCCGAUGAAGGGAUCGGGGAGGCUCUGGAGAAGGAGGACUGCAUGCAGGCCCUGAGUGGGCAGAUCUUCAUGGGCAUGGUGUCGUCCCAGUACCAGGCCCGGCUGGACAUCGUGCGCCUCAUCGACGGGCUGGUCAACGCCUGCAUCCGCUUUGUCUACUUCUCCCUGGAGGAUGAGCUCAAAAGCAAGGUGUUUGCAGAAAAGAUGGGCCUCGAGACAGGCUGGAACUGCCACAUCUCCCUCACGCCCAAUGGGAACAUACCCGGCUCUGAGAUCCCACCCUCUAGUCCUAGCCACACGGGCUCCCUACACGACGACCUGAACCAGGUGUCCCGAGAUGAUGCAGAGGGGCUUCUGCUGAUGGAAGAGGAGGGGCACUCAGACCUCAUCAGCUUCCAGCCCACAGACAGCGACAUCCCCAGCUUCCUGGAGGACUGCAACCGGGCCAAGCUGCCCCGAGGGAUCCACCAGGUGCGGCCCCACUUGCAGAACAUCGACAAUGUGCCCCUGCUGGUGCCCCUCUUCACCGACUGCACCCCCGAGACUAUGUGUGAGAUGAUUAAGAUCAUGCAGGAGUACGGGGAGGUCACCUGCUGCCUGGGCAGCUCUGCCAACCUGCGCAACAGCCGCCUCUUCCUCCAGAGUGACAUCAGCAUCGCCCUGGACCCCCUGUAUCCGUCCCGGUGCUCCUGGGAGACCUUUGGCUACGCCACCAGGACCAGCGUGGGCCAGGCCUCGGAUGGCCUUUCCCCGCUGCGGCUCUCGGGGCAACUCAACAGCCUGCCCUGCUCCCUCACCUUUCGCCAGGAGGAGACCAUCAACAUCAUCCGGCUCAUAGAGCAGGCUCGGCAUGCCACCUAUGGCAUUCGUAAGUGCUUCCUCUUCCUGCUGCAAUGCCAGUUGACACUUGUGGUCAUUCAGUUCUUGUCUUGUCUGGUUCAGCUGCCCCCACUCCUGAGCACCACCGACAUCCUGUGGCUGUCCUGCUUUUGCUACCCUCUGCUCAGCAUCUCUCUGCUGGGGAAACCCCCUCAUAGCUCCAUCAUGUCGAUGGCGACAGGGAAAAACCUUCAAUCCAUUCCUAAGAAAACCCAGCACUACUUCCUGCUCUGCUUCUUGCUCAAGUUCAGCCUCACUGUCACUUCCUGCCUCAUCUGCUUCGGCUUCACGCUUCAGAGCUUCUGCGACAGCUCCCGGACCCGCAAUCUUACCAACUGCUCCUCCAUCAUGCUGCCCAGCAACGCAGACACGGCUCCAGGCUGGCUCGAGGACUUUGCCAACGGAUUGCUGCUGGCCCAGAAGCUCGCCGCCGCCUUGAUUGUCCUGCACACUGUGUUCAUCUCCAUCACUCAUGUGCAUCGCACCAAGCCCCUAUGGAGAAAGAGCCCCCUGACUAACCUCUGGUGGGCCAUGACGGUGCCUGUGGUGCUGCUGGGCCAGGUGGUGCAGACAGCGGUGGACCUGCAGCUAUGGACGCACAGGGACAGCCGUGUCCACUUUGGCCUGGGGGACGUGCCUCUGCUGACCUGGCUCCUGGGCUGCCUCUCCCUCAUACUUGUGGUGGUCGCCAACGAGGUAGUGAAGCUGCAUGAGAUCCGGGUCCGGGUCCGCUACCAGAAGCGACAGAAGCUGCAGUUUGAAACGAAACUGGGCAUGAACUCGCCCUUUUGA